GCCGCUUACGUGAACUUGUACCACUUGCACUUGUACUCAUAAAUGUCCUUUUGUUGUUUUUAUACAAUUGGAAAACAAAUAAAGAGGAAUAUUUAUUUAAACUCAGAUGUAAAAUAUGGCGAAUCAUUACGAAGUUCCCAAUUGGGCUGGUAAACCUCCAGUUGGUUUACAUUUAGAUGUAUUAAAAGGAGAUAAAUUAAUACAGAAAUUAAUGGUGGAUGAGAAGAAAUGUUACUUGUUUGGACGCAAUCAGCAAAUGAAUGAUUUUUGCAUAGAUCAUGCUUCUUGUUCCCGUGUCCAUUCGGCUCUUGUUUAUCAUAAACAUUUAAAUAGAGCUUUCCUAGUUGAUUUAGGAAGUACUCAUGGAACUUAUAUUGGGAAUAUGAGAUUGGAAAGUAAUAAACCAACUCAAUUACCUAUUGAUAGUACAUUUCAUUUUGGAGCUUCCACUCGUUACUAUAUAAUAAGAGAACGGCCGCAAACGGGCAAUCGGACAAUAAUAGAUGAACUCGAAAAAUCGUCAGAGGAUGCAGAAGCCGGAGGAUUGUUGGGUUUACCCGAAACGGAAACCGAACUCGACAAUCUUACGGAAUUUAAUACUGCGCAUAAUCGACGAAUUUCAAUGUUGGGCAUUACCGAUGACGAGGUUCAUAAAUCGACGAGAAAACGAAAGAAAAAGGGAAUUUCAUUUAAUGACGACGAGGAAGUCAUUAAUCCCGAAGACGUUGAUCCGUCUGUUGGCAAAUUUCGUAAUUUGAUACAAACCACUGUUGUGCCUAGCAAAAGAAUGCGAAUGGAGGGGGGUUUGAUAUCAUUAUCGGAAGACAAUCAUAAUAUAAUGAAGCAUCUACAGCCAACUUCCACGACUCCAAAUUUAUAUAAUGAUCUACCUCCGGAGCAGUAUACUUCUAGUAUUUCUAAUAAUCCAUUCACCGUUGGAUUAACAUCGUUAACAUCUCGUCUUGGGAUUGCUCUUCCAAAUCCUGCUCCUGAAGUUGAGAUGACACAGAAUCAAAUACAAAUAGAAACAACCAACAUAACUGAAAUGCCUGGAUCAGUCGAGGGCCAUGCAAUGGAACCAAAAAAGAAGAAGUACGCAAAAGAAGCGUGGCCUGGAAAAAAGCCUUUGCCAACACUCUUGGUAUAAAACCAAAAUUCUCCUCUCUUUUUAUCUCCAAAAAACUAUUAUCAGUACACAAGACUUUUAAACGAGAAUUUUGCAAAUUUCCUACUGAGAGGGAAAUUUUUUUUCUUCUAAAAAUUCAAUAUUCUCGAAUUGUAUAUAAGGUAAGUGAAGAAAGU